UAUUCAAAGUUUUGGAUUUCAUUAGCAUAUCAGUGAUAAGAAUAAUGAAUGAAUGAUAACAGAAACAUAACUUUCAGUUCUGAUAUAAAAUGACUACUGUAAUUUUGGGUGGAGGCCUCUCUGGUUUAUCAACUGCCUACUAUUUGACGAAAAAGUUAGCCAGUAAUCCCAUCACUCUGAUAGAAUCCUCACAUCGUCUGGGUGGUUGGAUUAAAUCAAAUCAUUCAAAGGACAUUAUUUUUGAAGAAGGCCCCAGGACAAUCCGACCCCAUGGAGAUGCUGCACCCAACACUUUGUCUCUAAUAGAAGAUUUAGGACUGAGUGAUGCUGUUAUACCCAUAAAUUCAUCCCACCCUGCAGCAAAGAACCGAAUGAUAUUUGUCAAAGAUCAGUUACACUCACUGCCAUCUUCAAUAAAAGGUUUAUUCAAAACACAGAUGCCCUUUUCAAAACCCCUUAUUUUACAGUUAAUGAAAGAUAUCACAACACCAAGAAAAGUCAUAGAGGAUGAGUCUAUUUAUGACUUUGUAAAUAGGCGAUUUGGUAAAGAAGUUGCAGAUUACCUCAUAAGUGCAAUGAUUUGUGGUAUUUGUGCUGGGAAUUCAAAGGAAAUAAGUGUAAAUUUUUUAAUGAAAACCCUCUUCAGGUAUGAACAAGAUUAUGGUAGCAUCAGCAAAGGACUCAUUUGGAAUUUUUUCAAAAAGAUCAAGAAACCAGAAAUUGGUAGCCUUUCUAUGAAGGCUAGGCAAGAAAAAUGGAGUGUCUAUUCAUUGGAAAAUGGUUUAGAAAUGUUGCCAAAAGCACUGCAUGACAACAUCAAGAACAAAGUAUCUAUUGAAACAUCUACCAAAUGUACAGAUAUUGAGAUAUUCCCUGAACUUAAUAAUGUAAUUUUGCACCUCCAAAAUGGUAAAAACAUAAGUGGUUCUCAUGUAAUAAGUUGCAUUCCAUCUGAACAACUGGGAAUUUUACUUCAAAAACAACACCCUGUACUCUCAGACUUAUUGCUACAAAUUAAAAGUGCCACUGUGGCUGUGGUAAAUGUACAUUUUGACAAAAAACUAAUCUCCAGGGAAGGUUUUGGAUUUUUGGUUCCACCUGGAGAAAAACUCCCAAUACUGGGUGUAACUUAUGAUAGCUGUAUUUUUCCUAGAGGUGAAAACACUGUUUUAACUGUUAUGAUGGGUGGGGCAUGGUUUGAAGAACUGUUUGGCAAGAACCCUGAGAAAGAUUUCCUACUGAAAAUUGCUUUAGAUCAGUUGAAAAAAACCCUGAAUAUAUCUGAAAAACCAGUACAAUCCAAUGUAAGCAUCCUUGAGAAAUGUAUUCCUCAAUAUGUAGUUGGUCACAGUGAGAAGAUAGAGAAAAUAAACAAUUAUAUCAAUAAAAAUAAAUUACCUUUGUCAUUGUGUGGUGCUUCAUAUUAUGGUGUUGGUAUAAAUGAUGUGAUUCUGUCUUCAAAAAAUGCUGUAGAUAGAUUACUUAAAAUAUAAUUGUAUUUUUUUU